CAGAAACAGAGACUCUGGAGGACACUUUUCUUUCCCUGCAGAGGAAGAGGACUGUAGUAUGGGGCACUUGACAGCUCUAGUUCUGACACUUGUGGUGUAUCUGGCUCUUUGUGAUGGCGCACCUACGACUCCAUCAUCAGAAGACCAUCAAAUAGCAGAGGCUUAUCUGUCACAGUUCUACAGGGACAAUAAUGCAACUAAAUCCCGCAGCAGAACGAUGUUCCUCCCGGAUCUAGAAAAUGAACUGAAGGUCAUGCAGGCGUUUUUUGGACUGGAGGUCACGGGCAAGCUGGACUCAAACACUCUUGAGACGAUGAAGCUGCCACGCUGUGGAGUCACUGAUGUGGCCAAAUUCAACCACUUCCAGGGGAGACCCAGAUGGAAGCAGAGCGUUGUUACAUACAGAAUUACUGAAUAUACAUCACAGUUGAGCCAGAGAGAUGUGGAUGCCAUUAUUGCCAAAGCUUUCCAGCUCUACAGUGACGUUAUUCCACUCGAUUUCAAACAGAUCUACAGUGGCACAGCUGAUAUCAUGAUUCUCUUCAAAGCUGGAUAUCAUGGAGAUUUUUACCCAUUUGAUGGGCCUAAUGGGGUUCUGGCACAUGCCAACUCACCCGGUCCAGAGCAGGGAGGAGACACACACUUUGAUGAUGAUGAGACGUGGACCCUAAGUUCACGAGAUAUAAACCUGCUUUUGGUGGCUGCUCAUGAAUUUGGACAUGCACUGGGACUAGAUCACUCCAAAGACCCUUCAGCUCUCAUGUAUCCAACUUACCGAUACGUCAACACGAAUGGCUAUACACUUCCCCGUGAUGACCGACUUGGGGUCCAGGCCCUGUAUGGUGUUCGAACGUCAAUAGAUAAACCUGAACCAAAACCAGAACCAAAACCCAAUCCUGAACCAAGCCCACCAGAACCGUGCAAGCGUGACUUAGUAUUUGAUGCAGCAACCAGCGUUCGUGGAGAACUGUACUUCUUUAAAGAUGGGUAUUACUGGAAAAAGGGCUACUACAGUGGACUUUCAAUGCAUGAAAUAAAAUCAACCUGGCCAUCCAUUGACUCUGUUGAUGCUGCUUAUGAGUUCAGUGGCAGAGACAUUAGCUUCCUUUUCAAUGGUCAGCAGUACUGGGGAGUAAAAGGCAGCACUACUUUGCCUGGAUAUCCCAAACCCAUAACCAAAUUUGGAUUUCCCACAUAUGUGAAAAAGAUUGAUGCAGCCGUACACGUGAAAUCAACCGGACGCACUUUGUUCUUUGUUGGAAGCAAAUACUGGAGCUUCAAUGAAAGAACAGCUCAGAUGGACAGAGGCUUUCCUAAAACUAUUCAGCAUCAUUUUCCUGGCAUUGGCUCACAGGUGGACGCUGCUUUUGAAAAUUAUGGUUAUCUGUAUUUCUCAGAAGGUCCAAGGCAAACGGAGUAUGAUUUCUCCUCAAAACGAGUGAAUCGUGUUCUGUUGAACUAUGGAUGGCUGAACUGCUACUAAACAUUUAACUGAAAAUGUAGACAUUUUCGGUCUCAGUAUUCCUAAUAAUGUACCUACAUUUUCUAUUUUGU